UUUAGGGAUGCUAUUUCAACAAUGUUCACGGUGAUUAAUAAUGACGUGCUGAAAAUCGUGGGAUACCAUCACUCGCCCCCCGCGAUGCCUCCCCGCGUCUCUUCCCAUACAUGGGCGUAGGACCGAAUGCCUCGCGGUGGGUCUCUCCUCUCCGCGCCCUUCCAUUCAUGGCCACUCCGCUCUCAAUGGCGCUCGGGCUACCAAAUAAGGAGAGGGAAGUCCAGCGGGCGCCGGGCCACUCUUGGAGUAUAAAUUGGCUGCGGCUCAAGGCGCUGUCUACCAUUCACUCUCCGAGGGAACCAGCUCUUGGUGCUGAUCUGACCCCCAGCUGACACCAUGUGUGACGACGACGAGACCACCGCUCUUGUAUGCGACAAUGGCUCUGGCCUGGUGAAGGCUGGCUUUGCCGGAGAUGAUGCGCCUCGCGCUGUCUUCCCCUCCAUCGUUGGUCGUCCUCGCCACCAGGGUGUCAUGGUAGGUAUGGGACAGAAAGACUCCUACGUGGGUGAUGAGGCUCAGAGCAAGAGAGGUAUCCUGACUUUGAAAUACCCAAUUGAGCAUGGUAUUAUCACCAACUGGGAUGAUAUGGAGAAGAUCUGGCACCACACCUUCUACAAUGAGCUGCGUGUGGCCCCUGAGGAACAUCCCACCCUGCUCACUGAAGCUCCUCUUAACCCCAAGGCCAACAGAGAGAAGAUGACACAGAUCAUGUUUGAGACCUUCAACGUUCCUGCCAUGUAUGUGGCCAUCCAGGCUGUGUUGUCACUGUACGCUUCUGGCCGUACCACUGGUAUUGUGCUGGACUCUGGAGAUGGUGUGACCCACAAUGUGCCCAUCUAUGAGGGUUAUGCUCUGCCUCACGCCAUCAUGCGCCUGGAUCUGGCCGGUCGUGAUCUGACUGACUACCUGAUGAAGAUCCUGACUGAGCGUGGCUACUCUUUUGUGACCACAGCUGAGCGUGAGAUCGUUCGUGACAUCAAGGAGAAGCUGUGCUACGUCGCUCUGGACUUUGAGAAUGAGAUGGCCACUGCUGCUUCCUCCUCUUCUCUGGAGAAGUCCUACGAGUUGCCUGAUGGUCAGGUCAUCACCAUAGGAAAUGAGCGUUUCCGUUGCCCAGAGACUCUCUUCCAGCCUUCCUUCAUUGGUAUGGAGUCUGCUGGUAUCCAUGAGACCACCUACAACAGCAUCAUGAAGUGCGAUAUUGACAUCCGUAAGGACUUAUAUGCCAACAACGUCCUGUCUGGUGGCACCACAAUGUACCCAGGUAUUGCUGAUCGUAUGCAGAAGGAGAUCACUGCUCUGGCCCCAAGCACCAUGAAGAUCAAGAUCAUCGCUCCCCCUGAGCGCAAGUACUCCGUCUGGAUCGGUGGCUCUAUCCUGGCUUCCCUGUCCACCUUCCAGCAAAUGUGGAUCAGCAAGCAGGAAUACGAUGAGGCUGGCCCAUCCAUCGUCCACAGGAAGUGCUUCUAAGUGCCAGGAUACCCAUAUUACACCGCUGAUUAUGGAUGCAAAGAACAGAAAUUCUCAACAUUACCUCCGCCUGUUACGCAUACAGGCAGAUUUUACCUUUAUUUUUCCUUGUACAGUAUGUUUACACCAAAGUGCAAUUUGUUUGUAGUUAUUUACUGGAUCAUAAAUAAAUUUGUAUGUGGAUAUUUAUUGGUUUUUAAAUAAACAAGACCAAGAAAUUU